AUAAAACCUACCCCUGCUUCCGCUCCAACUCUCAGAACAAUCUCACGGCGAGCACUUCGUUCGCCGCCGCCGAACCAUCGCGAGAGGAAUAAUUCCUGGACUGGAAGAGCCGCCGAGCCAUGGGCAACUGCUGUGUCGCUGGUGCUUCGUCAGACAAGGCAACGUUUAAGUGGAGCAUCGACAACUUCUCCUCCCUUCUUGACAAGGGUGAAGGAUGGAUAAACUCUAGAGUGUUUAAGAUCAUGGGCCAUGACUGGCACUUGAGACUGAAUCCAAUGGACAGAAACAGCGACGGUGAAGAGUGUGUCUCCCUCAGGCUUGUGCGGUCAAAAGCUUCAGUGGAACCCAACACUAUCGUCGACACAUCUUUCAGAUUGAUCAUAUAUGAUCAGUCAUAUGGAAAGCAUAGUGAACAUCACGUGAGCCAUACUUUCCACACUGCAAGCACAAGUUCUGGCAAGUCAUGCAUGAUUAGGCUUGCGAAACUGAAGAAUUCAUCUGGAUUCGUCAUCAAUGACAACUGCGUCUUUGGUGUCAAGUUCAUAAAAGUUGUCACCACAAAAGCAAAGACGGCAUCAGAGAAAUUCUAUGUCAAGAAUACGAGCACUUUGCCCGAGGUCAAAGAUGCUUACACGUGGUGCAUUGCGGACUUCUUUGGAAUGGAGAACGAAGGGUACUCCCCGGAGUUCACAGCCGGUGGAUACAAAUGGUCGAUUUACCUCAAUAAAGAAGAAAACCACAUCUCCUUGUACCUGAAAAAGAUGAUAAAUGAUCUCCCCGAAGACUAUGCCGUCCUGGUUGAAUAUACCUUAUCCAUAAAAAACCAGGAAGGUGGCAAGCAUUUCAUAACAAAAGGCCGGACCCAGUUCUCAAACAAUUAUCCGACCUGGGGAUUUGAGAAGGUUGUUUCGAUGGAGGAUAUUCAGGACUCAUCAAAUGGUUAUCUCGUCAAAACCAAGUGCUGCAUUGAGGCUGAGGUCAAACUCAUUGGCUCCUCCAGGAUGAAGUAGUUUCAGUAAUUGUAUCUAGUUGUGCCAAAAAUUUACUUAUCUCAGAAAAUAGGCCCUUCAUUCAUUUUGUCAAGGACACCAAAUGUUCAUGCUUCUUGCAUUUGGAUGGGAUCUUAAUUGCUAAAAUACGCAGCUGAGCGAUUUUUGCAGCAGUAGUUUGCUAUCGUAUUUUAAUAGCUCUGUUUCUCUUCUGAACAACACAUUUGUUGCUAUUCCUACUCGAAGUAAUCUACUCUGUUACUGAAAGUUACAAAAAGAGAUUAAUUUUCUGUUUGGCAUAUUGCCAGAUAGGUUUGUGUAGUUUUCUUGAGCAAUCGUCCGCAUCCACUCCCCUCGCCCCCGGCCAAAACGGUCAGUGACUCCCGUAGCCGCCGCCGGCGCCGCCGCCGUACGAGUCCUCCCUCUCCAGUUUCUCCUCCACCCUAGCCAACCCUCCGAGCACGCCCGCCGCCAGCCCCGUCCCCAUCCCCAUCUUAUUCUUUUUGCCUCCGGCACCAAUGGUGCCGGUUCUGUACCCGGCGGUGGCAGCGAGUUCCUCCCUCCCUUUUGCCUUCCAGCUCUUAACAAUCAUUCACAGGCGAGGUGAAACAUCCGGCCGACUCCCCUCGCCACAUCGCCUUCCUCGCACGCCAAUUCACGGAAGCCCUCUCCCUCUCCGUCUUCCACUCCCACGUCCUGGCACCCCGAUGCCGACGACUCCCUCGACAACCCUCUGUCGCCCGGCGUCUCCGCGUCUUCCCUUGCCACAUCGUCAUUCGCCACUAUAGAUUCAUGAAGAGGCGAGGAAAUUUUCUGUCAGACUUGUGAGUAGUUGUCCCUUGGGUGAGCGCUGAUUACUAAUCAGGUGGUCUCCUUUUGCCUAUCAAGUUUCAAAUACAGCUCAACAGUUGAUUUGACACGGUUUAUUGUAUUGGUCGACUAUCUGUAGCCUUUAAUAGCUCAAUUAGUUUUGUGAAAGUCGUUUGCUUGAAAAUCAUGUGCCUCUAAUGCAAGACAUCGGCCAAGCAGCAGCAUCAAGGGUUGGCAUGGGCUGUAGGGCAGGGGCCCAACUGACUCUGAAAAUCAAGCAUCUUUCAGCUUUCUACACAAGAAGUGUCGCUGUUGCAAGAGGAGGUGCACAUGGCGCUGCUGGAGCCGACGCUCGGGAUCAAUUUCGUAAGCGACGGGACGAGCCGGCUCGUUUCAACUGCAGUCAACACGGUGUAAUUAAUACAACCUCUAAUAGUCCCAUCUGCUUCUCAAGGCCUGAUGCUUGACUUGUGCAUACUAAACUGAAUCAGGCGCUGCCAUGAGGGCAUCAUAUCACUCUUUCAGUGCAAAUUUCAGGAGCCCUCUUUUGCUUUCUUCUUAAUCUAAAUCAAAAUCCAGUUGGAUUUAGAAAUUUUUGUGCACAUCUAUAUGAAUGAAUAUGAAUAUUAUUUUUUGUUUUUAAAUUUUUAGUGCACUUGCAAUUAAAACACAAUUAGAAACAGGUAACAAAAUGUCAUCCCUAAGAACAGAGGUACAACAACUUUGGCAUAUCCACAUAAAUAAAUUUCUUGCAGAAAUAACCUAUGGACUGCAUUGCCAUGUCAGUAUAUAAAUGAUCUGUACAUCGACUCAUUUUUAAUAUUAGUUUUCCAUAUAUUAGCAGUCCCUAAUAUAGGUAAGGUAGUAGUUCAAACAUUAAUAAUCUGAUCUAUCACUCACUUAUCUUUGAAGCUUCAUUGCCCCUGGUAAACUUUGAUAGGAAGUGAAGAUCACAUAAACAAUGAUUCAGCUUUUGUUUGGUUUACGUCUUUAGUGGAUUAUUUGACACUAUCACAUAUAUAUACAGCGCCAGUUUUAGAAUGGUCAUUUUCAAUCUUUCUGUGGAUAGUUUUUUGGGUUCAUUGCAAAGUUCAAUUUCCUGGCAAUAUGUAGGGAAUGGUUUUGGCUCCUAGCAACUUUGCUUCGUAUGAGUCUAAUUUGUAUGAGUCUAAUCCAUACAAACUUAACAAGUGGUAUUUGUGGCCGUUUAUUUAGUACUGCUACCAUGACAGUUGGUUAUGUCAAGUUAGCUCGUAAUUUAGUAAAUAAGUAUGCCCCUGCCACUAGAAGGUUGUAGUGCCACUAUGUAGAGGACUAUAUCACUGCGCCUACAUUGCCAUGCCUUCUUCCCUGCAUUGCUAUUAGUCUCUUCAUCUAUGGUCAGAUGCUUGCUAAGGUUGGCAACUUUAGUUGUGUUUGAAUUUUGGCCUUUUGCUAUUAGUACAACUUAAGAUCUUUUUAAUGCAAAUAGUGUUCUCAGUGUAGCACAAUAUUCAUCCUCACUAUUCAUCAUGGAAAAAAAUAGCCCACUAUUUUUGCCGCUAUAGCUCGAAAUAGCUUGAAAAAAAUUGUGCCGCUAUUUGCGUUUAUACACAAUUUUACCGCUAAAGUACACUAAUUACGGUUUAUAAAACGCUGAACACCUUGGCCUUAGCUCGCUAUUUAAAACAUGGCUAUUCAUUGUGUGUUGAUUGAUUCAAUUCCGUUUUGAGUUCUCGGAGUAAUCUGAUCUAAUAAAAUUUCGGGAGUAGCUAAUGGUGUGAAGUAAUACGAUCUCGUCGAACGGAAAGGCCAUUUGCUGAAAAGGGUUUCAACUUUGCAGCUCUGAAGGUUCAUUUUGACUGCAUAUACCGCUGCAUCAACACAGUGUCAAGCUGCGAGUCCAAACUCCAAGCAAAGCUGAGAGUAUCACCCACCUGAUGUGGCAAAACCAUACCUGAUCCUUGUGUUAGUUUUGCUACUCAUGCUCUAACUGUUCAUCUUUUAUGAAGAUUCAUGUAACAGUGAUAUUGCAAACAUCAUUCUGGAAAUGUUAUUUUUAAAAUAAUGAUAUAAGACAUGUUUAUACCUAUAUUAUCAUGUUAUAUUAUUUUUUCCGUUGCAACGCA